AUGGGUGCGCUUUUGCUUCCUUUCUCUGGUAUUUGCCUUGGCUUCGAGGCUAUCGCAAGCCUGGCAAUACGUGCUCCGACCCCAUUGACGACAGCAGCACGAUCUGGCGCGCUGUUGAUGAUUGUUGAAACAAAAAAGGCCGGAGAAAGUGUGCCAGAGUCUUCAAGCCAGCAUGUGCCUGAUAGUGAAGUUGUUCAACAAGAGGAACCGAAAGAGUGUACGUGUACGGAUCCUGAACAGAACACGAAAAACGCCCUACCAAGUCGCCCAUACCGUCCAUGGACAGAACAAAAGAUACAUGGCAAUAUUUGUUUACCUAAAGGUUAUGAGUUCAAGUCUGUUCCAUACUAUACAGAAUUUGAAAGCGAUGAAGAGGAGGUUAGGUGCAAACACAAAGAAAACGACAAGACGUCAAAAUGGUACGACUUCUUGUGUGGAUUCGGUAAACGGAACAGAACCACAAAUGAUGUUGCUUGCAGUUACAAUGGGGCCAAAGCUAUCGUGUCUAUUGUCCAAACAGUUUUCGGUAUCUAUACAUUGGUCAGGACAAGAGGCAACCAGAUUGAGCGAUUUGGCUAUGCAGCUUAUGGACUCACCGUAGCGCCAUAUGCUCUGAUGAGCAUAGUCAACCUUCUAGGUAAUCUGCUGCGACUGGAUUACCCAUCCCUGUACAUCGUUGGGUCAAAUUCAUCAGCCACUUUGCAAGAUAAAUAUGGAUGCACGAUAGCCACUGUCGGGCGAAUCAAAGGAGGUUUCAUCGAACCCAACCGAGACAAAGAUAAGAAAAUGAAACGUCGUGUUGCCUGGGUUCAAUUCCUUGGGUUUUCCGCAAUUAUUACGAUCAAUCUAUUGGUUCUUGGCAUCAUGACCAAAUUUACCAAGGGCCAGAGUACGCUGGCACAACGAGUUUGGACUAUGUGUUGGCUUGCUUGUGGCGCGGUUUAUGGAUUGACGGUGCACUUCAUGAGGCAAUCGGGUUUCGACAGUACACCAUAUAUGCGUAUGCCGACCUCACUCGAAGACAAAAAGCGACACCAGACCACCAAAGCCAGCCAGGCCGAUCAACCCAAACGAGUUCCUCGGUCUGCUUUCCGUGCUCCCAGACAGCUUGGACGGGUGAAUGAGCGCCUCUACCAGAGGUCCGAUGUUCAGUGGGUGAUUUCUCGGGAGAUACAAAAUGUCUUGUACGGUGCAUUUGUGAUCUUGAUAUACGGUGUACCCACCAUAGGGGGUUUUGUAGUCGUUGCACAGAUGAUACGACAUUACGGAGUGUGUUCAAAAAUGAUAGAUGAUAGUGUUUAA